AUGACGAAACUAAUGGAGAAAUUGGAAAAAGUGACCGAGGAGCGGAAGCAAAAAGAAAGAACUCUUUUGCAUUUGUAUUCUGAAGAAGGCAACACAAUGGAAGACGAUUCAGAUGGGGAGGACGAUGCCUGA